ACAAUUUAACUAACUGUGACCAAUUGGAAAUAAACAUUUUAAACCUGUAAUUAAAUAAUCUGUAUCACAUGUCAUGUUCUGAGGGUAAAACCCUAACCUUAAAAUAAAAUGAUACCAAGAGCUUAGUGAAAUGCAGUUUUGAAUUUAUUUUAAUUUUACUUUAAAUUUUUUUUAAAUGUUGAAAAAUACGCAGCGACUGAGGCUCCUGUGCGGCGCAGCACAAAAUUUACAAAAGUUUCAGCCCCAUCUGAACAGAGUUGCAACAUCUUUGCGUUUCGAGCAAAUCAGAGGAAAGAAGGAUGAUUCCAACAGUUUGUCAUCUUUAUUCAUACCUGUGCCUGUGCAACCCACUCCGGAUGAUAUCAAUGUUGGGGCUGAGUUAACUGGCACCUUGAACAAAGCAGAUUUACUUAAAGUCCUUAAUAAAUUCUACCAGAAGAGGGAAAUAAAACAGUUACUCUCGGACAAUGGAUUAGAUCAAUACUUGCAGCAUCAGGCUUAUGUGAGCUUUAGGAGAUACUGUUUGGAGGCGCAGACACUUCCUGUUGACUUGCAUGUAGUUAUCAGUGAUAUAUUACAAGGAGCGGGAAAUGCCACAGACAUUUUUCCUUAUUUCCUCAGGCAUGCCAAACAGAUGUUUCCACAUUUAGAAUGCAUGGAUGAUCUCAGGAAGAUUUCUGAUUUAAGGACUCCUGCAAACUGGUAUCCAGAAGCCAGAGGUAUGACUAGGAAGAUUGUCUUUCAUGCAGGACCCACCAAUAGUGGGAAGACAUAUCACGCCUUGGAGAGGUUCAUGACAGCAAAAUCUGGUGUUUAUUGUGGACCUCUUAAGCUCUUAGCUAAUGAAGUUUUUAAUAAAUCUAAUACCAGAGGUACUCCGUGUGAUUUGAUUACUGGAGAAGAGAGGAACUAUGCUGAUCCAUUGGGGAAUGCAUCAUCUCAUGUUUCUUGUACAGUGGAAAUGACCUCUGUGAAUACAUCAUAUGAGGUGGCUGUAAUUGAUGAGAUCCAAAUGAUCCGGGAUAUUGGCAGAGGUUGGGCUUGGACGAGAGCGCUUCUAGGUAUUUGCGCUGAAGAAAUCCAUUUGUGCGGAGAGCCCGGCGCGAUCGAUUUAAUACGACAACUAUGUUUAACAACUGGUGAAGAUGUAGAAAUUAGGAAUUACAAAAGAUUAACUGAAUUGAAAAUUGAGGACUCUGCUAUAGGCAGUUUGGAUAAAGUCGAACCUGGAGAUUGCAUAGUAUGCUUCAGCAAAAAUGAUAUUUAUUCAGUUUCCAGAGGAAUCGAAGCUUCGGGUAAAGAAGUUGCUGUAAUUUACGGAGGUUUACCACCGAAUACGAAAUUGGCGCAAGCUGCCAAAUUCAAUGAUGUCGACAAUAGCUGCAAAAUCUUGGUGGCUACCGACGCCAUCGGUAUGGGACUAAAUUUGAGUAUUCGACGAGUAAUUUUUUAUUCGCUAAUUAAACCGACGAUAAACGAGAAAGGUGAAAAGGAAAUGGAUACGAUUUCGGUGUCCUCGGCGUUGCAAAUUGCCGGGAGAGCCGGAAGAUACGGGACUCAAUGGGAGCAGGGUUCCGUUACCACCUUUAAACCGGAAGAUUUGCAUACCCUGAAGACACUUUUAGCAUCACCCACUGAACCCAUUACUCAAGCCGGUCUACAUCCAACAGCUGAACAAAUUGAACUCUACGCAUACCAUUUACCAAAUUCAAGUCUUAGCAAUUUAAUGGACAUAUUCGUGAAUUUAUCUACUGUGGACGAUUCGCUCUAUUUCAUGUGCAACAUAGAAGAUUUCAAAUUCCUAGCAGAUAUGAUUCAACACGUCCCAUUGCCUUUAAGGGCAAGAUAUGUAUUCUGUUGUGCACCAAUCAACAAGAAAAUGCCAUUUGUUUGCACAAUGUUCCUCAAGUUCACCAGACAAUACAGCAAAAACGAAAGGGUUACUUUUGACUGGUUAUGUAGGAAUAUUGGCUGGCCAGUGCAGACGCCAAAAACUAUCAUAGACUUAGUUCAUUUGGAAGCUGUCUUCGAUGUAUUAGAUUUAUAUUUAUGGUUAAGCUAUCGUUUCAUGGAUUUAUUCGGCGAUGCGCAGUUGGUCAGGGAUAUGCAGAAGGAGUUGGACGCUGUGAUCCAGCAGGGCGUAGUUCAAAUCACUCGGUUGCUUAGAAAUUCGGAAACGGGAGUGUCGUCCGGCGGGACACCAGACGAGGACGAGUUCUCGUUGAACAGCAACAAACAGAAUUACUUGAGAGAACGAAAGGGAUCUCAAUUUGGCCGUGGUAAAUUAACUGAGCGACUUUUGGCUCAGGGGUUGAUUACUCCUAACAUGUUACAAGAAUUGAAGAAGGAGUGGAAAGAUAAUACAAGCGACAGUAAUGACUUCGGUUUAGAUCCAACAAAGAAAACCAGACGCAAGAGAAAAACUAAAUGAUGAUUUGUUAAUAAAACAUUUUAGUUACUUUGUUGGAAAUAGUAUUUUUUCAUUGACACAAUACGUGUGAUAUACCUUUUAUUUU